AUGUACACGCCCUCGUUCAUGGGUCUCUUGACCUCUUGUCUUUCAAUAUGCUCCGUCACGUUCGCAUUUCCGACUGAGCGCCGGAUCGCCAACGACAGCUCCGCCGGUGUCCAGACAUACUUCAACCUUAAUGGCGCGGCCCAUGGCGAGAGAUCGAAGUCUUUAACCGCAGACGGCUACCGGAUGAUCUCCCUGAGCGCAUACGGCACCGCACCGAACGCAAACUACGCCGCCGUCUGGGUCAAACGAGAUGGAAACCCUUUUGAAGUGAUUUACGACGCAGACGAAUCAACCUACAACUCGUGGUUCGACUCGUGGAAGGCCAAGGGCUACGUCUCAACGCACGUCUCCGCCACAGGACCGGCCGGUAGCGCCGUCUUCGCGGGCGUCAUGGAGAAGGCCAACGUCACCAACUGGGCACAGCUGUGCGGCAUGAAGAGCCCCUACGCGUACGACAACGCCACGGACGGCAUCCCGAUGUUGGUGAAAGACUUCCGGAUGUACGGCACCCCCGGAGACCGCAGGUACUGCAUCCUCGGCCACGAGAAUGUCGGCAACCAGCUCUCCACGAUCUUCUACACCACGAACUACUCCAUUAACUACGCGGAUAUCUACUCCUCCGAGCUUGCCAAACGCUUCUGGCGCCCCUCCCGUCUCUUCUUGUCCGACGAUCAGGUGAUCACGCCCCAGUUCGUCGAUACUUCGGUCGGCAAGUGGGUAGCUUUGGAUGGCCUCACCGGCGCUGAGCUGGCCGCCGAGAUCGAGUCGCAGAAGGCGGAGGGCUUGUACCCAAUCGACCUCCACGGCGGCGUCUCGGGAGCAGACGUCCGCUUCUCAGUCAUCUUUGCCGAGCAGGACAUCCCCGAGACCCGAAAGUGGUCCGCCACCGGAUCUUUCACCGGGUUCAAGGACAACGACGCCGCGGCGGCGGCCUUUGACUCGACCAUGCAGACCUGGAUGACGAAGAACGGCGUCCGCCAAGCCCAGAUUGCGAUUGCGCUGAACGGCACCGCCAUCGCCGAGCGCAGCUACACCUGGGCGGAGAGCAACCGCGCCGUCGUGCAGCCAGAUGACAUUUUCCUGCUUGCCAGCGUCAGCAAAAUCUUCGUCCACGCGGCCGUCUACAACCUCAUCGAAGCCGGGAAGCUGAACUACUCCACCCCUGUCUAUCCCCUACUCGGAUACAAGCCGGUUGACGAGCGGGCGAACGAGAUCACCAUCGACCACCUCCUCAGGCACACCUCCGGCUAUAACCGUGACAAGUCCGGCGACCCGGGCUUCAUGUUCCGCGACAUCGCCUUUGCGCUCUUCAACGGCACCCGCGCCGCGACGCUGCGCGAUGUGAUUGAGUACCAGCUCACGCGCACGCUCGACUUCGCGCCGGGGACGGACUAUUCCUACUCCAACUACGGCACCAUGCUGGCGAGCUACGUCGUGAGCAACGUUACCGGCGUCCCUUAUCUCGACUUCCUCAAGCAGAACAUUCUCGGCGACCUCGACGUCAGGCUCUACGAAACGGACGGGGCGAAGCACGUUGACGACCGCAUCGUCCAGGAGAGCAAGUACACGGGCUACGACCCGGUGGAUCCUGACGCAUACCGACUUGUCCCGGGACCGUACGGAGGCGACGGCGCCAUCAAGGAGGAGUGCAUGGGAGGGUUCUCUUUGGCGGCCAGCGCAAGUACAGUUGCGAGGUUUAUUGGAUCCCAUGCUGUGGCGGGAACUGGUGGCCGAGCGGUCUAUUCUGAGCGCGAUGGUACUGUUGUGGGUGCGAGGUCGUUUGCGUCAAGUCGACCUGAUGUCGAUUGGGCUUUGACGUUGAAUACGAGGGAGUACAUCUCCGAGGCCGAGUUUGAUGAUUUGAGAUACUGGAAGAUACCCUUUACAUUUGAGGAUGUGCAGCUAGCGUAG